ACCAAACACAAAGUCUUGUUCAAAAACCACUCACCUUACCCAACAAAAACCACUUUAAAAUAAUAGUCUGUGUAUUCCCCUGGCAACCUUAUCCAUUUUCCUGCCUACCUUAAAAUCCACCGUUUGGUCUUCUCUAUAUAUAUAUAUUGUCCAAAACCAACAUUUCUUUUACACAUCAAAUUUAAAGCUCUCAAGAGAAACAACCCUAAUUACUAUGGCUGAUAUUGCUAUGUUAGUUGCAGAAGAGUAUGAAAGGAGGGUCAAGAAUUCAAGAAAAUUUGGUGCUGAAGAAGAACUACAAUUCUUCUCUUAUUUCUCAUCAGUUUUGGGCCAGAAGAUUAAUGGCUAUUCUUCUAAAAUCAAGAUGACGAUUGGAGAAACCAAGAUUAAUGAGGAGCUGUUGAUGAUCAGAAGAGGAGUUUUUGGAACUGAGAGUGAGAUUGGACUUGCAGCUAUUAAUGGUGUCUUUUCUGCUUGAAGUGAAGAAAAAUGGCAGCAGCUUUGAAUCUUAUUUUAAGCUUAAUUACAUACUUCUGAAAAACAAAAUGUUGUAUAUCUAUGUCAUGUUAAGUUUAUUGCUUUCUUUUUUUGCUGGAAUCUGUAAAUAUUAAAAUUUGCAAUCUUGAAUGGUAAAAGAGUCAAAAUGUGAUUUGUAUCUCAUAAUUUCUUCUUCUAAAAAUGGAAUCUAUUUCAGCUGUGAAUCUCCAUGCUUGUGCUUGAUGUAAUAAAUAUAUGGAAUAACUAAUAACCU